AUGCAUGGACACCAACAACACGUAAGACCACUAGCGUUCGGUCAUCAGCGAGACCCAUCACUCGGUCAAUACCCUCCAUCUGGUGGAGCGCCCAAUCCCGGGUCUGGCAUCCUCUUGCCGCCUCUGACUAGUCCAGUCUUUGCAGAGGAGACGAGCUAUAGUCCUCAGUCUGAAUCAUCUAGCAGAGGUUCAGCGCCGCAAAGACCCUUCGUCCCGGACGCAGCAUACAGGCGUACUUCGACUGGAGCCUAUUCGGCAGAGGGUGCCACGGGAGCUGGUUCGAUUAGCGGUGGUGCGGACCUGAAUGCUGCAUCGCGCUUCAAUUUCAAGCGAGAGAUACUGACACGCAAUGGUAUGACCAUUGGUUCUUGGACUCGUGAGGAGAGCAAUGAGCUGAUGGUGCUCGUGGAUGGCUUCAAGCAGGUAGAACCCAACAAUGCCAUCCCUUGGACUCGCAUUGGUCGUCAGCUACGACAUCCGCGGACUGGUGCCCAAUGUCAUGCUCAUUACACCGAAGCGUUGGACCCAAAGAUCCUCAAAGGUCGAUGGAACGCCGAGCUGGAUGCUGAGUUGCUGAGACUCGCCGUGGUGCACGACAACAGUUGGGUCAAGAUUAGUGCAGAGUUGCCCAACAAGACGCAGCGGCAGUGUCGAAGUCGCUGGGUUGCUUUACUUCGCAAACGGGAACGCGAUCAGCUCAAGACCACCGCCCUCGGACCACCGCCUGAUGUGUCUCAGGAACAGGGCUUGCCAAGCGGAAGCGGCCUGCAGUCUACUGCCCAGAGUCAGGCCAAGUCGCCCUCGGGAAGCAAGCCUUCUACAGCUGUUGCUGAUACGGAUAUACCGCCAGACUCUAAGCGCAGCCUUGAGUCGCACGAAAGAGUCGACAUAGCUCCUUCUACCGAAUCCGUCGACUCGCGCGAACCUGCCCAAGUUGCAGACGAUAAGAAUCGUAGUAAAGAUGUAUAG